GGAGAAACAAGGAAAGAGAUUUUCCACAGGGGACGAAGUGGGACUGUUCUCCGUCAUCAUGGAUUUCUCACCUGGGUUUCUGAUCCUGUUCUCUCUGUUAUGUUCAGUUAUCUCUCUCUGUGUAGUUGCUGGUCAGGCUCCUGACGUCUCCGUGGAGCCGCGGGCUGCGACUGUGCGCCAAGGGGGGUCUGCCAGCUUUAGAUGCCAGGUGCCGAGCGGCGCCCGGCCGAUCCAACUGCUGUGGAAGAAAGUCAACAGCCGAGUGUUACCAGACAAUGUGAAGACGAGCCCCGAUGGCUCUGUGCUGACGGUUUCCAACGCCAGACCCGAAAACCAAGGCCAGUAUCGCUGCGUGGCCUCCAACUCUGUCGGCCGCGGCGCCGCCUCGGCUCUGCUGAACGUCAAACCAGGUCGACACGACCUGCUCACGACCAAAUGGCGCUCGGACACAGAUGCUCCUCAAGUGCGGCUGACACCUGUCGGGCCCCUGCGAGUCAGAAUGGGUGAACCUGUCUCGGUGGAGUGUCGCGCCACAGGCAGGCCACGGCCCACGCUGACCUGGAAACGCCAAGGCUCCACCCUGCAGCUGGUAACCAAGGAGACAAAGGAUGUCAACACCAUACAGUGGCCUGCAGUGCAUCCGGAGGACUCAGGAGUUUAUAUCUGCCAGGCUGUAAACAACGAGGGGGUGGCAGAGGUCAAAGUGGAGGUCAUUGUUGUGGGGCAGCUAGGUGCACCAGUGGCUUCAGUGGGUGCGACAGAUAUGACAGUGGUGGAGGGACAUACCAUCACAAUGGCGUGCCAGGCCAGCGGUUCCCCUCCUCCGGCCAUCACCUGGUCCAAGCUGCGAGCACCGUUGCCGUGGAAACACACAACGGCUGGUGGAGUUUUGACACUGACCAGCGUGGGGCGCCAAGAUUCAGGCCAAUACAUCUGCAAUGCCACCAACAUACACGGCUACAGUGAAGCGUACACGCAGAUGGAGGUGGAGAGUCCUACAUACGCCACCUGCCUGCCGGACCAGGUGAGGCUCCAGGCCGGGGAUGCGCUGCACGUCCAGUGCCUCGCCCACGGCUCUCAUCCCAUUCGGUUUGAGUGGAGCCGCGGGGACGGGGAGAGUCUGCCUCCAGGAGCAGAGACCACGAAGGAUGGAAGGAUGCUCAUCGCUCACGUUAAACUGAGCGACAGCGGGACGUACAAAUGCGUGGCCAGCAACCACAUCAGCUCCAGCGAGGCGCUGGCCAAAGUCUUCAUAAAAGCUUAAUCCAACGUGGUCUUGUCUGAUUGACGAUCCAUCCACGCAACGCGUACAACGUCUGGUUUUUGGGGGUGGUUGCCAUCAACACAGGUUAAGAGCUAAUACUGAGAAAGAAAUGAAACACUAUAUUUAAUGGAUUCAUGUAUUUUGAGGUAUAAAAAAGAUCUCACUGCUGUUUAAACCUCUGGUGCGGUUAAUGUGGGUUUACGUGUGUACUUUUAUAGAAAAGUGAUUCUCUCGCCAUUGUUGCUCCUGUCUCACAUCUUACUUGCUUUCCUCUGGAACUCAGUGUGGACUUGUAUGUGUGUGUGGGAGUUUCUACUGGAAUGUCUCUGCACCCUGUCUGCCUCCCUUCAGGUCAUCUGCUGAGUUGACACUUUUGCACUUCUAUUAGAUCAGGCAUGUAUUAGUUUGGUCCUGAAACAAAGAUAAGAUUUAUAAAAGCUCUGAUUAUGCAAUUAAAUUCAAAACAAUAAAGACAAAAUAAAACAAGAA